AUGAAUCUGCGCCUCCUCGCCUUCACAUUCUCGGCGCUAGUCCUCCCCUCUUUUGCCUCUCCUCUCCCCUCAUCUCCAUCCAAAUCCAAACCGCCGUUCUUCCUACUAGCAGGGGACAGUACGACGGCCACGCAAGCGACCAAUGGCGGCGGCUGGGGCGACGGCUUCCUGAACACGACGCUCCACCACGGCGCCAACGGCUUCAACUACGGCCACAACGGCGCAACGACCGUUAGUUUCCGCGACGGCGGCGACUGGGAUACGGUGCUGGAGAAGGCGGGCGAGGUCGGCGACGUCUACGCGCCCUACGUGACGAUCCAAUUCGGACAUAAUGACCAGAAACCGGCCAAGAAUAUUUCCAUCGCGCAGUAUACGGCUAACCUGGAGCGGUUUGUCGCGGAGACCCGUGAGGCAGGGGCUACGCCUAUCCUGGUGACGCCGUUGUCGCGUCGCACGUUUAACGAGUCGACAGGGACCAUCGUCUUGAAUUUAGAGUCCGAGAGGGUCGCGACUAUCCAGGCGGCGCGGAAUUCUAAGGCCCGGUACAUUGACUUGAAUCGGGAGAGUACGCGGUACUUGAACGCCAUUGGGGAGGACCAGGCCCAUAACUAUAACCUCAGCCCGGACGAUAAUACACAUCUGAACGUGGAGGGGAGCCAGGUGUUUGGCGGCCUUGUGGCUUCGUUGAUUGUCGGUGUAAUUCCGGAGUUGAAGCGCGCGGGGUUUGUGGCGGUCGAUGGCGCGUUAGAGACGGCGUUGCGGAAAGGCGAAUAUUACUGGCCUGAAAUGUAG